UGCCUGGAGACCACAUCGCGUGCAUAUAAAUAUAUGCGGAAUUCAUUUUCAUUAUCAGUCUAUUUUCUACUUGUGCUCCAGUGUGACGUAUUAAGUUUGUAAAACAAUUAAACAGCUUCAAUAAAAUGAAGCUGAUAAUACUUACAUUUUUAGUAACAAGUUUGGCAGUGUAUACAAAAUGUCAACGGAUUCAACAGGAGCAGUUUCCAUUUCCACCGCAAUUUCAAACACCCAGUUCGGGAAUAAUGGUAUCGGACAGUUCAAUUUACUUGCCACCUGAACCGCAAACACCAAUACCAUAUUUUGCAAUUAAUCACAUGAACAAAUUACCAUUUCAAUUUCUACCACCUAGUGGAACUAAAGCGCCGUCUGUAUAUCCGACACCGUUUUCUGGAAUAUUCUCUUCGACACUGAGACCUCGGUUCGACGAAGAUGAUGAAGAUGAAAAUGAACAAAUAAGCCAAAUACGAAUAUCUACUCAAAGGCCAGUAAUUAAUCAUAAUCCCAAUCAAUUAAAAAUAAAUAUGACGGAACGUAAUCAAGAGAAAAGAGAAAAUAGGGCGCUCCCUCAAAUGUUUAACUAUCAACCGAAGUUCCAACAAAAACCGCAAAGUAGAAUAGAUGGCAAAGAACCUCAGUCGUUUCAACCUGCCUCAACACAAGGGCCACCAAAUUCAAACUCAGCCUCUAGGAGAAUGAUAUUAACGAGUGAAAUUCAAAGAAACGAUAUAACUGACCAUUUGAAAUCACAUUCGAAUUCAGCGUAUUCUCAGAUCCCCAAUAUAUUCUUUUCAUCUACUACGGAACCGGCCAUUCCGAUUCUACGUUUGUCAAAUGAAAUGGAUUUGGAUGGAAGUUUUAGUUACGAAGCAUUAGGAGCAGAUCAGACCCAUUACGUGCAACACAGUCGCAUGGAAAAUAUGGGCACUGAUAAGGAAGAACAAGUCGUAGAAGGCUCAUACUCUUACGUCGGUGAUAAUGGACAAACAUACACAGUUCAUUAUGUAGCAGAUUCUAAUGGAUACCGAGCUAGCGGUGAACAUUUACCAUCUCCACCACCAAUACCAGAAAUUAUACAAAGAGCUGUACAAUAUAACUUAGCCGAAGAAGCCAGAAGACCUCCACAUAUGAAAUCAUCUUGGGAUGAAAACGAAAAUGAAAACAAUGCUGGAGACAAAUCAUCUCAUUUCACAAGUACUCCAUCUCGAAGCUUAUUUACUGGAAGGACACCGGAAGCGUUCUCUUUCGGGUUUUCACAAAAUUCUAAUUCUCAGAAUAAUAUGGCAGCAACAUCAGCGAGUUCCCACAUUCCUAAGACAAGCUUUGAUAUUGCCGUGGAGUUAAGUAAGGCUAAAGCCAAUGUAGGGGCAAUAGGUCCACAGAUUACAUUCUCUGCAUCUCAAGGUGCUCAUAAUCCAUCAUCAUCUAUCCAACAACCUGUGUCUAGAUCGUCAACUAAUGAGAAAUCUUCAAUGCCUCAACUAAUGAACUAUGAAGCUAGUGGUAGGGAUAUUGAUUCGGAAACUAAACCACUCUGGAGAUGGCAGUAUGGCAUGAAUCCAAAUAAUCCUGAGCAAAAUUCUAAUAAAAACACGAUUUCACGAUCCUCUGCAGAUGGUGAUGACGUUAUAAUUAAUUUUAAUGAUAUGACGCCUGAUCAAUAUACAGACAUGAUAAGGAGUCAAUUUUUAGGACAAAAUGCAAACGAAGCUACAGAAUAUAACAAUAACUAUUAUAAAAAUAACUUUGAACAAUCUACUACAUUUAAACCCAAUCCCCAUAACUAUAUAAUCAAUAAUAAUAAUGAUUAUAAUUAUAAUUAUAAUCAUAAUCAUAGCCAAAAUAAAAAUGAUUCCGAGUUAAGAAAUUAUUUUGAAAAAAAUUACAGCACCCAAAAUGAAUUUUACGAAGCAUUUAAUGAAGCUAAAAUAAUAUCUACAACAACUGAAUCCUCCAAUAUACUGCAAAGGUUUGAAAGAUAUGAAGAUGAGGUCAAAAUCCAACCUAAAAAUAAUGUACACAACCCGUAUCCAAAUAUUAUAAGGCAGCAAAAUUUUAUACCCCCUAGUCAACAAGUGACACAAUCUUACGAUUAUGAUGAUACAUCGUAUGAACCAAAAAAAGUUGCAAUUGACACAUACUCUAACAGAAAUAACGAAAAUAUUAGUAAUCAACAAGUGAACAUUAUUCCACCUAAUAGAUAUUGGUAUUCUUCUGAAGAAAAUAGACAAACUACAACCAUUCAACCACACUUAAGCACAAUGAUCGAAAUUAAACCAACUAUAAAUAAUAAUUUUCAGCCUAUCAUACAUUCAAAAGAUUCAAAUAAACAAGAAUUGACAACAGAAAAAAAUAUGGAAGAGUUGAUCCAAGAAAACAUAUUUCUAAAAAAUAUAGUUCGAACUAAGAAACAAGAAAAUACUCAACAAACCAAUACAGAACACAAAACAGACUUAAGAAACAAUACAAAUGUUUCUGAACAAAAAGAAGAAAGGACUACAAAACAUGCUCAAUUCUAUCCUAAACCUCAGAAUGAAAUCAAAAAUAUAAAAAAGAAGCCUUUGGACAUAACUGAUGUACUAAACUACAUAGCAAUGAAAAAUCACAUGGAAUUUUCGAAAACAAAACCUAAAAGUAAAUCAGCCUACGAUAACUAUCAGGCCAAUAGAGAUGCACCAGUAAACUUUAUUCCUUUGGAAGAGGAAAAGCAAGAAAACAUGAGAGGUACAGAAGAGAGAAGCAAAUCAUAUCGUACGUUAAAUCAACAGGAAGAAGAACUGCAAGGCAUAAUUAAAAAUUACAAAGUACUGCAGCGUCAAAGGAACUCGGCUCACAAUAACAACCAGUAUUCAGAUGUUCCACAAAAACAUGUGAAAACUUUUCAUUCACCGGGCUUACCACCUUUGGGUCGCGCCGGACCUUCAAUGAAAAGCUAUUUACCCCCAGCGUAUUUGUAAAAAACGUACUGUGAUUACCUUUAUUUAUUUUUGUAAAUAUUUCCCCAAUGCAUUUAUAAAUGUAAGUUAUAAUAUAUUUAAGGUUACAAA